UCCCAAGCUCUCUCUUUUUCCUUUUUGCUCUCUGGCCGCUGUUCUUCUCUGAACCCUUUUCUCUCUCUAAAAAACCAUACUCUUCCCUUCCAGUCGCGUCCUCUCUCUCUCUCUCUAGGUCCUAGUCUUCGAAUCUCUCUAGGUCUUAGCCUCAUUUACUCCCAUUGAUGAUAAUCUCUGUCUCGUCGCCAUUCGCCUUCUCCAUCUCCGUGGCAUGCCUGUCUCCUUGAAGGCCCGGAUACCACAUACGUAGACCCCAUUCUCUGAGCCAUGACCAAACCCCCUCAGAUAAACAAGCCAUGUUCCCUUGGAAGUUCUCCCUACCCGUUGGGUCGAUGUUCUCUGAAUUAUCAGCAAAAAGCAUCUUCAAAUACUGGUUAAAGAAAUACCUCCGAGAUUUCAUCAAUGGCGACAUUGAUCUCGCCCAGCUCGAUUUGCAGCUCAGCGGUGGUACCCUCAGGCUCGAUGAUGUUUCCCUCAAUGUCGAUUAUCUCAAUAAACGGUUAGGUGGGACACCAGUCAUAGUGAAAGAGGGGUCUAUUAAGUCCAUAUCAUUCAAAAUUCGUUGGAAGACAUUGAAUAUAGAGAUUGAAGUGGAGGAACUUGAACUCGUUCUUGGUCCAUUUCCUGGGGGCAUUUUAGAUGAAGCCUCACAAGAUUGUUCAUCAGAUAUUGGUGGGAAAACACCUGUUCCCAGUAAAGGUUCUGGUAAGCCUGACUGCAGGACGCCCAAUGGCAAUACCGGAUCUGCUUACCGGGAAACUCUUAAUGAAGUUAUGGACUUUGCAAAGAUGGUGCAAAGGUUGCUUUUGGGCCUCCAUGUUAAUGUCAAGAAUUUGAUUGUUGCAUUUGAAUCGAGCUUCGAAAAGGUUGGGAUGAUUUCACAGCAUCAAAACAUUUUAGUUCUUCGUGUAUCAGAAAUUGAAGAUGGAAUGUUUGUAUCUGAAGAUUUGAUUACAGACUCUGAUUCUAGACAUGGCAUCUCCUCACAACCAAUUGAAUUGGUUAAGUCUGUGAAGUUUCAAGGAGCAACACUGGAGCUCCUUCAAACGGGUGAUGUCGAGAAUCUCUCUGCUUAUACUGCAAGCUCUUUUGAAAGCUUACCUUUCAGUAAUCCACUUCCAAUUCUUAUUGGCGAAAAUGGUGGAUUUGGAGGAACACUAAAGUUAAGCAUACCUUGGCAGAGUGGCUCAUUGGAUAUUCCCAAACUUGAUGCUGAUUUAUUUAUGGAUCCCAUAGAGAUCAAAUUUCAGCCCAGUUCUUUAAAGUGUAUCAUAGCAUUUUGGGAAUCUUUCAAUCUCAUAAAAAAAGAUGCAGGGUGCCAUGUGACUUACAGGGCUGGCAAUUCUGUUGGGUCGAAGUCCUCAUCUGAUCGUGAUGCUUUCAAUCAAUGUUCUGGAGUGACAGCUGUGAAUAUAUUCACACCAAGCAGUGAAAAUUCUUCAUCAUGCAUGCAUUCGCAAAUUUAUCAAGACAUGUCACUGUUACCUGGGACACAUUUAAUUGCUGACUGGGUUCAGCAAGGUUUCAAGACAAAUCAGAGAGAUGGAGCUGAGUCGGAAGCAGACCUUGGAGCAAGCAUUGAUCAAUUUUUUGAAUGUUAUGAUGCACUGAGAAGUUCCCAAGCAACUUUGAGUAGUAAUGGCAUAUGGAAUUUGACUUGUUCAUUUUUUAGUGCUGUAACUGCUGCUUCAAGCCUUGCUUCUGGGUCAAUCCAUAUUCCCUCCGAACAACCACAGAUUGAGACCAGUAUCAGGGCAAAUCUCUCCAGUGUUUCCAUUGUUAUUUCUCUUCAUGAGGAGCCACAUUAUAAUAAUACUGUGAGUGGGUUAGGAACUGCCCAAAACGUGCAUUUUGCUAACUAUAACGGAUAUUCAACAAAUAGUGGUUUGCUGCCAAAGUUGGAUGGGCUUGACUCCGGAUCUCGGCAUAGCUUUACUACUUCUGUAAAUCCUGAGGAGCAUUUGACCUUAAGCACACAGGAUCCCUCUGGCAAUCAUGUACAUCACAUAGAAGUGAAGUUUAUGGACAUCAUUGUUGGUUUCCAGAUCUGCGAUAAAAAAACAACAUUUAAAGCAAGGAUAAAUCAAUUCGAGGUCGAUGGAUAUUUUAGUGGUGAGGACCAACUCAAGAGCAACAAUCUUUCCAUUCAAUGCCUGCAAGCUAUAGUUUAUGAUGCUCUACCUCCAUUUCCUCUUUCCUUUAGUUUCCCUACUUCUGGAAAAGUUGUAACUGAGUCGAGUGUUGUUAAAGAUGGAAAAACCAGUCCACAAUCUAACAAAGGAAGCCCAUUGGUGAAGGUAAACUUGUUAAGAUCUGAAACUUCUCAUACUUGCCAAGCCUCUGUCGACCUGGUACACAAAGUUGAUGGAUUGGGUACUUCCACGUCUUUUAGUUUGAAGCUCCCCCUCUUUAUUGUAUGGAUGAACUUAGAUAUGGUAAAUACGCUGAUUGGUUUCUCUAAGCAAGUAGAAAGCUUCUUCAAAGUAAACACAGUUUCAAUCUUAAAGCCUUCUAAUGGGACACAGGAUUCAUUUAGCUGUGAUGGGCAACCAAGAAGCAGGCAUGGCGCAUAUACUGCGGUGGAUUCUCCAAACGGAAGCUUAGAUGGCAGGAUUUUCCUUCCUUAUGCGAGGAUCAUUUUAAAUGUCCCUUCCCUUACAUGUGGAGAGUUAGAACACUUUUCAAUGACUGAGAAUUUCCUUAGCAUUGACUUUUCUCCAUGUGCUAAAACGCAUAAACCUGGAAAUGUAAAUCAUAAUCAGCAUGGAAGUUCUUCCAAUAGAAUUCCGUAUAUGCCUUCAAGUUCCUUGCAUUUGGAUAUGGACAAGUUGGAUGCCUACCUAAUUUCUUUUCCAAGAAAUAAUUUAAAGAACAGUGAUAGGCCAAUUUUAGUGUCUGGGAAAGUUUUUUCAGCUACCACAGAUGAUCAGUCUUGCAUUUCUUUACUUUGGCGAGAGGGUCCUGGAACUGGGCCCUGGAUUGCAAAGAGGGUAUGGGAAAAGGCCAAUUUAAGUGAAUUGAGGCGCAGAAAGAAGAUGAAUGCAAAAGCUUAUGAAUUUACAUCUGUGAAAACUGCAGGAGAUGUGGAGGGGGUGGAUUGCCAAGUACGACAAGAGAUGAUUCUUAGCUCUUCCUCUUUCCUUCACAUGUGUCUUUCACACUUUCAGAUUAACCUCUCUGGUUCUGAAUAUAAAUUAUUGGGUCAUCUUCUCAAACUGGUAACCGACGUCUUUUCCAGUGAAAGGAACCUACCUGAUGUUGCUGAACCGUACGGUAUUUCCACAGAAAGGCAUCCUUCUCCUGCCAAUGCAAAGGUGUUUCAAUCAUCAGUGAUUAUUGAGUCCGCUGUUGUUGAUGUCUCUGUUCGCUUGGAAGAAUUCAUAGAUAUUAAAGAUACUCUGAGGAGGGAGCUUCCUGGUUCAUGGAAUAACUUAAAAUUGAGAGUUGAACAAUUUGAACUGCUGUCCGUCUCAAACCUUGGAGGUACUCCUGAUGAUAACUUUCUUUGGAUGAGUCAUAAUGAAGGCGAGCUUUGGGGUUCAAUAUGCGGGACAGAUGAUGAGGCCUCUGAUGAAGAUCUUAUCUUGAUUUCUUCUAGAAACUCUUCAGUGAGGCGUGGUGAUGGAAAAGGUGCCAAUGCAUUGGCCUCUGGUUUUACUGGCCUCUCAGUCACCCAUUUAAAAUAUUCAAAAAUGUUGCAGAGUCUCACAUCCAUAACUUUUAGAUGCGGUACAAUCGUUGCUCCUGGUGGCCGUGUAGAUUGGGUGCUUGCAAUACUCUCGAUUUUCAGUUCAUCUACUGAACACAAUGAAUCAGAUGGCUGCGAUAGAAUGCAGAAGGGCUCCCCUGAGGAUACCACAGCUUAUGGGUCAUCUUUCUCUCUUGAAUUGUCAGAUGUUGCAUUAUGCUACAAACCAUAUUUGAGGAACUUGAAUCAUAAGUAUGGGAUUUCAAUUUCCACAAGUGAUGAUCCUUUCAAAUAUGUUGAAGAAUCUGGUGACCCAGUUGUGGCAUGUGUAUUAGCUGCAGCUUCCUUGAUACUUUCUAAUGAAACUAGACCUGGUUCGACUGCCGAUGAAUACAAUAUAUGCAUUCAAGAUAUAGGCCUCCUUCUCCAUGAAUUAUCUUUGAAUGAAAAUGAUGGUGUAGUUUCAUAUGAUGUGGGUUAUCUUCGCAGUAAUGGCUUUGUGCAAGUUGCUGGUGAGACUCUAAUCAAAGCAAUAAUAGAAGUUGACCGUGAAGAUGGAUCUUGGGUAGUAGAAUGUUCAGAUUGUCACAUCAAACUUGGUACUUGCCAUGAUACCACUUCUGGUCUUAUUCGCUUGGUCGCUCAACUUCAGCAGUUGUAUGCACCUGAUAUCGAGGAGUCCAUGGUUCAUUUGCAAACUAGGUGGGAUAGUGUGAAGAAAUCUAAUGGUGAGAAUGCCAUGGUUAAUGACAUAAACGGCACCUCUGAACCACCUGAUGAUGGAAGUGCAGGCUGUAGAUCUAAUCCAGUUGGCCUCUUAGAUGGGAUUCUAGAGGACGUCUUCCGAUGUGGAGCAAACAGAAGUCCACCAAAGAAUAGCAAUGCUUUGAGUAAAUCCCCAUUUACAUGCAGUGGUGUUGGUAUUGGAGAUUUACAAUUAAACAAGUCAAUGCCAGAUUUUGCACUGGAAAAUAUUCAUAUAUCUCAGCAUAAAGCCUGCUUUCCACAGAUCAUAGAGGACUAUUACUUGUCUGACUUGCUUCAUGCGUCACAAUCUUCCUCUGGCUCUCAGAUAUUCAUUGAAGAGAGUGUUACACCCAUUAGUACAACUUCUGGAAAUUUUGAAAAUGAAAAAUUUGGAUGGUAUGAGGACAGUUCAUUGACAAUUCGAGAUAAUCACCUUUCAAGAGCAAGUGAUCACUUAAGUGGGAAACAAACGGCUGAAGCAUUUAGUCUCAGUGGUCCUAUUGAAGCUGCACAGCCUAGUGUUUGUCCCAAGCCCAAGGGUCGAAGCAUUCUUAAAAACACUGCUGUUACUUGGGGAAUACAUGCAGGAUCUGAUUGGUCUCCAGGAAUGGGGGGUCGGGACGUUACAAUUUGUCUUCAUCUUAUGCUCUCUGGGCUGGACAUAAUAUAUGACGUGUUCCCUGAUGGAGAGACAUGCAUGUCGAAGCUUUCAGUCUCCAUCCAGGAUUUUGAUAUUCAUGAUGUUAGCAAAAAUGCUCCUUGGAAGAAGCUUCUCGGAUAUUAUGAUUCAAAAGCACAUCCGAGGAAAUCUUAUGCAAAAGCAUUUAAGUUGGAGCUAGAAGCUGUCAAGCCUGACCCAGCUACCCCACUUGAAGAGUACAGGCUACAAUUGGCACUGCUGCCAUUACGGUUGCAUCUUGAUCAAGUCCAACUUGAUUUUCUCAUAGAAUUCUUUGCGAAGAAAGAUUCUUCUGUCGAACAAUCUCGAACCAUUCCUAAUGAACCUCUGGGACCCAACACGUAUUCCAUGAAGAAUGGAAAUUGGCAAAAUAUUAUAGUAGAAGCAUUACUUCCUUUCUUUCAGAAAUGUGAUAUAUGGCCAGUAGUCGUUCGUGUUGAUUAUGUACCCCGCCGUGUUGAUUUGGUAGCGUUACGUGGAGGAAAUUAUGCAGAGCUUCUCAACUUAGUGUCGUGGAAAGGUAUUGAUCUACAGCUGAAACAUGUACAUGCUGUUGGGCUUUAUGGAUGGGCCAGUGUUUGUGAAACUGUUUUUGGAGAGUGGCUGGAAGAUAUUUCACAUAAUCAGGUUCAUAAAUUAUUGAAAGGCCUUGCUCCUCUUCGAUCCUUGGUCAAAGUGGGUUCUGGUGCUGCUAAAUUGGUUUCUUUACCCAUAAAAAAUUACAAAAAGGAUCACAGGUUACUAAAAGGCAUGCAAAGAGGUGCUAUUGCAUUCCUUCGAAGCAUUUCCAUGGAAGCCGUUGGGCUAGGGGUACACUUGGCAGCAGGAGCUCAUGAAAUUUUACUCCAAACAGAAUAUGUUCUAACAAGCAUUCCACCUUCACUAUCUUUGGCUCCUAAAGGCAGCACUGAAACCAAUGUGAGAGCUAAUCAGCCUAAAGAUGCACAGGAGGGGAUAAGACAGGCCUUCGAAAGCCUCACUCAUGGCCUUGGCAGGACGGCUUCAGCCCUAGUUGGGACCCCAUUAAAGGCUUAUCAACGUGGGGCAGGUGCUGGAACUGCAUUGGUGGGCGCGGUUCGAGCGGCUCCUUCAGCUAUUGUGGCACCUGUAUCAGCUGCUGCUUGUGCUGCACAUUGCGCUCUCUUGGGGAUGAGAAACAGCCUUGAUCCAGAACUCAAGAAAGAAUCCAUAGAGAAGUACUCUGGAGUCCCUAGGCCUAGGGAAUCAAGACAAUGAGUGAGGAUGAUGAUGUGGCCAAGUACCAUUUGUGGAUGUUCAUUUCCUACAAUGGAAUCUAAAUCUGUAUAGUGUACAGCUGUUUGAGAGGAAUUCUUUAGGUUGGGUGUCUCUGUACAGGCUUUUGUGUAUAGAGCUAUUGAUAUCAGCAGAGUGAGCAUUGCAGCUAGCUAUGUUGUAGUUCUGUAAAUUAAACUUAUUCAUUCUUCUGCUGGGGAAUGCCCCUUUCACUUGCGCAAGGCCAUUUGAAGGAAAAAAAAAGCUGAAAUGAUUGCAACUGUAAA